AUAAACAGGAAACGUACAAACGUUUGGACGUAACUGGCCAGUGAAUCACGUAAUCCAUGGUAGUGGGAGACACAACGAUAGACGUUGUUGCUUAAACAUUCGCUCGUCAGAAUCAGUGCGUCCUUCGUCGUGUUCGCCUCGUUAGUCGUCCGCAGAGAAGAAAACUCGAUUAAUAAAUCUACAUAGAAGUAAGUAAGCUGCAACCAUGAAGACUGCAAUUGUCUUCUUGCUGGGGAUACUCAGUGUAGCACAAGCUGUAUCAUUCUUUAAUCUCGUGACGGAAGAGUGGAACACUUAUAAGAUUACACACAAGAAAGUCUAUGACUCCACCGUCGAGGAGAGCUUCAGAAUGAAGAUUUUCAUGGAGAACUGGCACAAAAUCGCCAUUCAUAACCGUCAGUACGAGUUGAAGAAAGUUCCCUACAAGCUGGGAAUGAAUAAGUACGGCGAUAUGUUGCAUCACGAGUUCAUCAACACUUUGAACGGCUUUAAUAAGUCUGUAAGCGUUCAACUACGUGCUCAAAGGAAGCCAAUAGCAAGCAAGUUCAUCGAGCCCGCCAACGUCGAAUUACCAUCGUCGGUGGAUUGGAGAGAAAACGGCGCUGUCACACCUAUCAAGGAUCAAGGGCACUGCGGAUCCUGCUGGUCAUUCUCUGCGACUGGUGCCUUGGAAGGCCAACACUACAGGUCCACGGGUAAACUUGUAUCUUUGAGCGAACAAAAUCUGAUCGAUUGUUCGGGUCGAUACGGCAAUAACGGAUGCAACGGUGGUCUAAUGGAUCAAGCCUUCCAGUACAUCAAGGACAAUCAAGGUCUUGACACUGAGAUAAGCUAUCCGUACCAUGGAGAUGAUGAAAAAUGCAAAUACAACCCUAAAAAUAGCGGUGCGACCGACACCGGCUUCAUGGACAUUCCGGAAGGGAAUGAGAAGAAGUUGAAAGCUGCAGUUGCCACUAUCGGUCCGGUAUCGGUCGCCAUUGAUGCGUCUGCCGAAUCUUUCCAAUUUUAUCGCGAAGGUGUAUACUACGAACCUAAAUGCUCUUCCGAGUCUCUGGACCAUGGCGUGCUGGUCGUUGGUUACGGCACAGAUGAUAACGGUGACGAUUAUUGGUUGGUGAAGAACAGCUGGGGUAUCACCUGGGGUCACAAUGGUUACAUCAAAAUGGCGAGAAACAAAGAAAAUCACUGUGGUAUCGCGACCAGUGCCAGUUAUCCUCUCGUUCGUUAAUCGUUGAGGAGAAAAAUUUUCGCACGUUUCAGAUCUGCGAACGUGACAGUUCGAAUGAAAUUUCUAAACAAAAUACACUCGGAAAAAGGACGAUGAAAAUUGUAAAGAUUUUUAUGCUCCCCAUGGGUAGCAAAUGACCGUUUAUUAUCUAUUCAUAUUUCUCUUUUUGAUUUAGGAACAAUUGCGAGUAUAUAAUAUUUCAGUUAUUAUAAUAUUAUAGUAUCUCUUAUGUUAAGCAACGCGACUUCUAUUUUUAGAAACACUAUAUCGUAAUAAAGAAAUUAUCUCUUGAUAGUCAUGUCAAUAUUUAUCUAUCUAUUGAGCUUAAGUUAUAAGUGGUAAGUUCGAUAUCUUUAUCCUGAUUGAUAGAAGUGCGAUGUUUUACAAAACAAACACCUAAGACAUUCUACAAAAACAUCUAUAAUAUACUUUUAAUAUUUUUUUAUAUCUUUCACAUUGAAUCGAAUAAACGUAUACAUCUAGACAUGUA